ACCAUCAUGUCCUUCAGAUUUGUUUUAAAGUUCAAGGCGACUAGUUCUUCAUGAAGGUGUGUUCUAAUUUAAGUGUGCCUUAACAACCACCAUGGAUUACUCAUUGAUAUUUUGGCUACUAAUUGCGGUUUUUUCGACGGGUUUUUGUGCCUCUAUUGAGAAAAAUAACAGUGAACUUGAAACUGUAACAGUGCGAAAAAGCAGUUCACGCAAGAUCUCCUUAGGUGAUCUCAUAACAUGUGGUCUAAUACGAGAUAUUUCAUGCUUUUUGGACGUAGGAGAUGCGUUUGUGGAGGAAAAGAAGAAUGAAAUUUUAGCACAAGCCGAUGUUUCAAAAGCUACAAGUCGAGCCAAUAAUGAAAAUUCUCCAAGUAAUUUGAGCAAAGCCAUCAAUAGAAUCGUCUCAGAAUUAACCGAUGUGUUCAGAGAAGGUAUAUUCAGCUUCUUCAAAAGUGCCCGAGAAGGGGAGGAAGACGAUCAGAUUGAAAGCACAAUUGAAGAAAGCGAAGAAUCUUCUGUAAAACCCAGUAGCAGAAAAGUUGGAGAAUCACGUAAAAAGAAGAAGAAGGGGAAGCUCAUCGCCUUGAUCAAACUGAUUAUCAUUGGAAUUGUUCUUAAAGCAAAAUUAACUUUACUUUUGAAAGCUCUAUCAGCGGCAUUGCAAGUGAAAUUCUUUUUAGUAGCUUUGGCUGGAUUGAUUUUGAAUGCGGCGAGAUUCUAUUUAGAUUUGAAGAAAGGACAUCAACCACAAAAAGUAAUUUACUACGAGCACGCCCAACACCAGCACCACUAUGAAGGGGAUGACGAUUGGGGAAGUUCCGGCCCCGGAGGCGGUUAUUGGGGCCGUUCUUACGAGGAGGAAGAAACUUCCCCACAUAAUUUAGUAUAUGCUAAACAACGACCUUACAAAAAAGUUGAGAAAGACGAAUCGGGUUUCUCCUGGUUCGGUUAAAUCAUAACUGAGGCAUUGUAGGAUUAGAGGUGUUCUCAGGUAUUGCAUUUCGUAUGAGAACUUGUAAAUUUUUUUAAAACUCGAGUAACUAGUCAUAAGUGUGGAAGCAUUUACAAAUAACUUAUUUUAAUUUAUUCUUAUUUAUUUUUUUGUAUAUGUAGGUUAGAAUUAAUUCAGAACUGUUGAAAACUUUUUUUAACUUGUCUAGUAUAAGUGAUGAUGUAACAUACAUUAAAAAAUGUAACUGGAUUACUCGCAUGUGACAAAAGUUCAGGCACGUGUAACAUUGUACAAGAAUCUAAAAUAUACGUCUUGACUGAAA